GCCUCCUCCGCCUCGGAGCUUUCGGCCAGCCCCCUGCCCCGGGAGUGAGGGGAAAGACGGCUACCGUCCCCUGCUCAGCCUGAAGAGGACCAAGACCUGGCCCAGGCAGGGAGCCCGAGGGAAUGGCCCCUGGACCCCGGAGACCCCCCUGGCAGGAGUCACUGACGUUCAGGGAUGUGGCUGUGGACUUCACCCAGGAGGAGUGGUACCUCUUGGACCAUUCUCAGAAAGAUCUGUACAAGAAAGUGAUGCUGGAAAACUCCCAGAACCUGCUCUCUCUGGGCAUUCCAGUUCUCAGAGAAGAUUUAAUAUCCCAUUUGGAGGAAAAUGAAGCAUCAUGGAUUCUGGAUCCAAAAAGCUCAAUGAACUCCUUUCCUGAUGCAGAGACCAGGUUUGACAUGAAGGAGAAAAAUUCAAAACUGAACAUCUCUGUGGAAGAAUCUCAUCACCAGAGAUUCCUGAGUGAUUUCAGUUUGAGAGAAAUUUGUGAGUCUGACAACAAGGUAGAGAAAAAUCAAAAUGCUAACUGUGUAUAUGAUAAAAAUGCGAAGAGUUUCAGACAACAUUUAGUUCCAAUUCAGUGUAAGAAAAUGACUUCAGAGAAUGACUAUUUUCAGUAUUGUGAAGGCUUAACGCAAAAGGUUGGGCUUAUUCAGUCUUAUGUGAAGCCCCCUCAAGUGCAAACAUAUCAAGAUUUUCAACGGGAAAUGACCUUUAACCUCAUCAGACAUCGGAAAAGUUAUACUAGAGAAAUGCUUUAUAUAUGCAAUGAAGGUGAGAAGGCCUUUAGCCAGAACUCAAAAAAGUUCACUGACCAUCAUAAAAUUCACACUACAGCAAAACCUUAUAAAUGUAAUCAAUGUGGAAAGGCAUUUACACAGAAUUCCAAACUGACUCAACAUCAGAGAAUCCACACUGGAGAGAAACCUUAUAAAUGUAAUAAAUGUGGAAAGGCUUUCCGAGAAAACUGCAGUCUUGCUAUACAUCAGAGAAUCCACACUGGAGAGAAACCUUAUACAUGUAAUCAAUGUGGAAAAACUUUCACGCAGUAUGCCAGUCUUUUUAAACAUCAGAGAAUCCACACCGGUGAGAAACCUUAUAAAUGUAAUCAGUGUGGAAAAGCUUUUCGAGAAAACUCCAAUCUUAUUGUACAUCAGAGAAUACACACUGGAGAGAAAAUUUAUGAAUGCAGCCAGUGUGGAAAGACUUUCACCAAAAAGUCCACCCUUGCUAACCAUCAGAGGAUCCACACUGGAGAGAAACCUUAUAAAUGUAAUCAAUGUGGAAAGGCUUUAGCAGAUAAACCCCAUCUUGCUAACCAUUUGAGAAUUCACACUGGAGAGAAACCUUACAAAUGUAAUCAGUGUGGAAAGGCUUUCCGACACAACUCCAGUCUUGCUGUACAUCAAAGAAUCCACACUGGAGAGAAACCAUAUGAAUGUAAUCAAUGUGGAAAGGCUUUCACUCAGAAGGCCCAUCUUUUGACACAUCAAAGAAUCCACACUGGAGAGAAACCUUAUGAAUGUAAUCAAUGUGUAAAGACGUUCAGAACAAGAUCCAGUAUUAAUGAACAUCAGAGAAUCCACACUGGAGAAAAGCCUUAUAAAUGUACUCAAUGUGGAAAGACUUUUAGACAGAGCUCUAGUCUUUAUCUUCAUCAGAGAAUCCACACGGGAGAGAAAAUCUAAGAUUGUAAUCAAUGUGGAAUGGCCUACCUAGAUAGGGUCUGAUUUGCUAACCGUCUGAUAAUCCACACUAGAGAAAAACCUUAAGAAUGUAAUCAAAGCGGAAAGGUUUUCUGACAACUCCAGUCUUAUUGUAUAUCAGAGAAGUCACACUGGAGAAAAAGAUUUUCAGAUCGAGGGCCUCUCUUGCUCAGCAUCAGAAAAUCCACACUGGAGAGGAAUCUUAAGAAUAUAAUCAAUAUGUAGAAGCCUUCAAGUAACAGUCAUCCCUUACUUCCCAUCAGAGAACUCCUUUUAGAUAGAAAUUUUAUCACUGUAAUGAAUAAGGAAAGGCUUUUGGAGGGAGUAUAGACCUUACUGAACAUCAGAAAAUUCAUUCUGGAGAGAUGCCCUAUAUGGACUCAAUGGGGGAAGGCCUUCAAUCAGAGAUCAUCUCUUCCUUUACAUCAGAGAAUUCAUAGUGGAGAAGAGCCUUACGAAUUUCCUCAAUGGAGACAUGAUUUUCUCUGGAAGAGGUAGAUGACUUGACAUCAGAAUAUUCAUAUGGGAACGCUUAUAAAAGCAAUAGCUUUUCUCCAUGUCAGGGUCUUUAUGUGGGGCUCAUAUUUGAUUAUAUAUUGGAAAAAUCAUGGGGGAGAUAAAACUUAUGGGUCCAAGUAGUGAGGGAAGGCCUCUUGCUGCAGUUUAGACUUUGCUAUAUAUUCCGUAUUUCAUACUGUAAAAAAGUCCUAUAAAUAUAAUGAAUUUUUCUCUGAAAUCUGCGUGUUUGUCAU